AGCUUAUUACUAGGGAAAGGGGAGGUUGCGAGGCACAGCAGCCAACUAACAUAAAAGUGAAUCUUUCUGCAUUUUUUUCCCUCUCUCUCUCUCUCCCUCUCCCUCUCUUAUUCAUUCGAGUAGAGGAAACACAGCCAGGAGAAAAAACGAGGACUACAAGUUGGAAACAGCAGGAGUUACCGGGAAUCAGCAGUGGGAACAAAAGGCGCCAUGACUGUGGCGGGGUUGCUUUGGGGGAAACCAGACACUGGCGUUUUGUGCUGUGGCUGAAAACUGAAGCACUCAUGCGGUGCGUUGGUCAGAUGGUGUGAGCAGGAGGAGCACACUGGCCUCUCUGUUUGCUGCUGCGGGAUGCCAUGCUCAGGCCGCUGACCCGGCUCGACUCCGCUGCGCCCACAGAGUCUGACCUGGAGGCUGCAAAGAGAUCCUUACACAGAUGUGCAUGAGCUACUGAGCAGACUGUUUCAAGGGGCUUUGAGUAAACAAAAACGAGGCAGGAAAAUGACCUAAUUAGCCACAAGCGUGACGGACAACCUGGUGCAAACGUGUUGGUGGUAAUUUCCCCGGUUUCACCCACAAGGCAAACACAUGCAUCAGUGCAUAUACCUUUACGGCACAUUUACAAACCCUGCCCUUCCCUUCCUGCCACCAUCCGCCCCAGUCCUCCAUGGAUUCCUACAACUUCCACUUUGAGAGAAUGAGCAACGUAGACCUGCAUCCUCUGAGCCUGCCUGUCAGCCGGCUCUCCCCAGCCAAGUCCAACAGCAGCAUCGUCGACCAAUUUGCCCACCACCAACACGGAAAAGGAGACUCUGCCUACAGCUCCUUCUCUGGUGGGUCCACUGCCCCAGACUACCCUUCUCCCUUCCUGCCAGAUGACCUGCAGUCCAGCUCCUUCAGCCACUAUGCUGAUCUUAAGUAUGUAAAGUCUAUUUACCACCCCAACCAGGUUCUGCAGUCUGACUCAAAGACCAUGGACCAGUUCUAUCGCUCUGUGGAAGUUAUCUCACAACACUAUCGCAAUAAUAACAGCACCAACAUAAACCACCACAACCACAAUGGCAAUGAAAGUUCCCAUACCAACAACAAAGCACUCUCUAAACAAGAGGUGCCUUUGGGGGCUCUGUCCCAAGGUGCUUACCCUCCUGUCCGUCCUCCUCCAGUCCCAGCACGCCUGGAUAGUUUCAUAGCCACAAAAAACUUAGAGAACAGCAAGGUCCACCACCAUGGUACUGAAUUUCAACCGCAGCAGCCACAGCAACAGCCCAGACCCUACAAUCGACUCCAUCCACAGUCACAUGGUCUGAAUGCUCCAAGGACUGAGACUGCAAACCCAGAAACAGGCAACUCUGGCUUCAAUUCUGACCCAGCAUACGUAGCUUGGAGGGGCUCUCAACAGCAACAGCAGCAGGCGCAGCAGCCACCGAGCUACCGCCCACACCUCCAGCCUCAUAAUCAGACCAGGGUGCCGUUGAACCCAGACUACCUUUUCAUCACAGAUAACAAAGCUGCCUCUGAGCAGCAGAAGUCAGCCAACAUCCUAAGCCGAUCACCUCCCCGAGGCACAAGUCAGCCUGAGCACCUGAAACCCAGACAGUCAUCAAGCAGUGGUGGAUGCAAUGGAGACCAUCAUAACAAGCCCAGUGGUAGCACUAGCCAUUUUGAGGGUCAGCGCAAAAGGGUUCACUCAGCUCAUGACUGGCUUGGUUCAGAGCCAGCCCGAGCCGCUAGCCCCUGGAAUGCUGGUCAGAGCUUUAUCAACAGCAGCAUCCAGCAUAAGGGUCAGUUCUACUUUGUCACGGGAGUGUGUAAGCUGUCUGAAUCUGGUAUGAGGACACACUCUGCAUCUGUGUGUGGGUCUGAGGCUGGCAGCGAGACCUCCACUGUGUUGGAGAGACAUCAGCUAAGAGAAAAAGAAAGAUGCCACAGUACGAUGGAUAAUUUGUUUAGACCUCUCAAAGAGAGUUCUCGCUCCUCCAGUGAUAUGAUACCAGAUGGGAGAGAGGACCUGAUCUCCAGGAACCAGGAUCAGGAGAAUCACAAACCAUCCCUCCUCUUGACGCAAUCCUCUCGAAGCUUCGACUCCUUAGAGGAAAUUGACAUGAUGCAGAGUCGAGAGAUUGGCCGCCACACCGCCAACAAUCCUAUAUUCUACUGUGGACCUGACAGAAACUGCUCCCCGCAUUCAAGCACACAAACGAAGGAGGUCACUUCACUGAUCAGCAAUGAACAGCCCAAUCACCACAAAAGAGAUGAGCAGGCAAAGAGAGGGAAAAGGCAGCCAUUGGGGGAUGUAGCCAGCGAGAAGAUAAACAAAGAAACAACUCCACUUCUGUACCACCUCACCGGAGCCAGUAGGGCAGCGUUACAGCCAAAAAAGGAUACUGAUUUCAGUAUAAAAGGCAAGGAAGCAAUCUUAAACAAAACUGGUCAUGGAGAUGUGGGUGUUAACGAUAAUGAGAGACCUCCACAACGUGACACGAGCAAGAACGAUCAAGGAGAAGAUAUCUCUGUUGCCUGUAACACCCUGGAUGACUCAUUUAAAAAGUACUAUAAAGAGAAGCUAAAGGAUGCCCAGUCUAAAGUCCUGAGGGAGACGUCAUUUAAAAGGAGGGACCUGCAGCUCUCGUGGCCACACCGAAUCAGGCAAAAACCUGAGCUGAGGCCUACAGUGAUUCAUGCUUUCUCCUCAUCACAGGACUCUGAGACUUCCACAGAAACCCUCACACCCUCUGUGACCUCUGAGGAGACGGAGAGGGGGAGCAUAAAGGAAGAAAUAAAGGAGAGUGAGAUGGAGAUGGACAAAGAGACUGAAAAGGAAAAAGGGAGGUCAGCAAACGUGGCCCAACCCCAGGUGGCGCGCAUCGGAGGCAGGAAGCGAUUAACUCAAGAACAGAAGAAGAUGUGCUACUCUGAACCAGAAAAACUCCACCAGCUCGGUGGUGCCCCCAACCACUCCGCUUGCCGCUCCUUUGGCAACGAAAGCGAAAGUCUGUUUGCAGUUGAGUGUGAAGGAGAGGAACGUACACAGCAAGGAGAGCAGGGACUGGUUGCGGCACGGAGGAAGAUGUUUGAGAAGAGAGGUCGAGCCCUUUCAGCCUCUAGCGCCUCAAAGAGCAACCUAAAACAUGUGCAACACAAGGCGCUGGUGGAGUACAUGGAGCGUAAGACGGGGCAGAAAGUGGCUGAGCCCCAGCAACCAUUGUCUCAGUUACCACCUCCACCCAGACAGAGACACUCUCUGGGUGAAAAACCAUUUGACUGGGGUCCCAGACCUCUAUCGGCAAGUCAUGAAGGCAAAAACACCAAGAAAAAACUCCACAGACCCCACUCUGCAGGGCGCAUCCUUGAUUCCUCUACCAGCUCCAUCAGGUAUGCCCAGUUCUUCUCAGCACAGUCUUGUUCAGGCCAAUAUGCCGGCCAGUCGAAUCAACCCAGAUGGAGGGAGAGCCAAGGUCCAUCUCAGGGGAAGUCUGCCUCAGUGGAGAGUCUCUUGGACCAGCCAGAACCACCCAAUUUCUUCAGGAACAGAUCCACAUCCACUCCACAUGCAUUUCAGGCACAUGACUUUGAGACAGAUCCAUUACCAGUUAAUACUAUGGAAACCUGGAGUCCCCAGAACAACCUUACCGAGGACCCCUUGGUAACAUCAGUCCCUGAGGGACAUCAGCGUGUCCGUGUGGUUGCACAGAGGGGGAAGUCCAUGGAAGAGCUUGGGGCAUCAAAGUUAACAAGACCGUCAGCCCUGAGUAAAAGUUCUGAGCAGCUGGAUCAACUGUGGAGACAUUCAAGUGGAUCAGGAGGGCCGGGCGGAGAUAAAAGGAAUGUUUCAUUCCUUGCUGAAGUCAGAGAAGCCCAGGGGCAGGAAAGAGGGAGGAAGAAACAAUAUGUGUUGGAUCAAGCAGGAAAAGAAGUUGGUCGGAAGAACACUCAGGGACAGACACAAAACCAUACUCAGAAAAAGUCCCCGUUGAAGCAGAACUCAGAACCAGCACUGUGCAGUGUGGAGGACGCCGGGCCUUUCACCACAGCAGGAACAAGAAACUUGAGCAGAUCCACCUCCCCAGCCUCCUGCUCCUCUUCUCGGGCCAGGGUUCACUCUGCAUCUCCUGGAUCCCAUGGCCCUGUCACAGAUGAGAUCAGGUCUAGUAGACCGCCCAGUGAGACUUCUUCUAAUCCACCUUCCCCCAGAGGUCAAGAGACCAGUGAGAGGGAGAUCAAAUCCACCUCAUCCACACCCACCCAGACAAAGCUUCCUUGUGAAAAAAGGCUGAGCUCCAGUAGAGUCAGUGCUUCUUCUGUACCUGGAUUGGACCGCGAGCAGUCGGUGGAUGAACCAAGCAAUGACGCCCUACCGCCUGAUUCAAAGCAUGAAGUGUCUCUGAGCUGUGGCGUAACCACAGAUCCAUCAUUGUGGAUGCUCCCUCCAGAAGAAGAGAUCAAAGAAGAAGUCCAGAAUCCAACGCUGACAGACAACGUAUUUGAUGACGAGUCCUCGAGCUCGGCCCCUCCUACGCAGACAAGCGAAACCUCUGUGUCUCCCUGCACCUCAGUGUCCGACGCAGACAUCAGUCAGCAGGUGGAAGAGGAGAAAAAUCCAGAAAUGGAAGAUGAGAGGUUGGGAGAAAACCAGGAGAUGGAGGAGAGGGGAACACCAGAGGGAGAGACAGAGAGCUUGGAGAGGCCUGUUGAGAGACCUCAGUGGGAGGAGCUUGUAGAAGCGGUGGUCAAGGCGGACGAAUCACUGGCCAGAGUGCUGUACCCACUAGCCAAUCGUAAGACGGCACUGAUGCUGAUGGAGCAGCUGCUGUCAGAGGACACGCUGCUGAUGGAGGAGCACUACAAAAAGAAACAGGAGCAGAGAGGAGCUGCAGAAAGCACUGAGACCGUGGAAGCGGCCGAACCAGCUUCUUGUCCUUCUGCUCCUGACAGCCUUAAACCUCAGUGUACAGAGCCGCAGAGCAAAGCUGACAUCACUGAGAAGAAGCGUCUAUUAGUGUCCUUCAUCGAGGAUCGUCUACGUUCACUCGAAGAAAUUAAUGGCGCCCUCCAAGCAGAGAUUCAGGAGAACGUGUCCCGCGGGGAGGCGCUGGAGGUGCUGGUCCGAGAGCGCUGUCUGCCCAUGGAGCUGGAGAGGUACAACCUGUUCAUAGGAGACCUGGAGAGGGUGGUCAGCCUGCUGUUGUGCCUCUCUGCUCGGCUGGCCAGGGUACAGAACGCCCUGAGCACGGUGGACCAGCACACAGACGCCGAGGAGAAGCAAUCUCUGGACAGUCGCCACCGUCUGCUGUGCAAACAGAGGGAGGACGCCAAAGAUCUAAAGGAUAACCUGGACCGGAGAGAGAACCUGGUUUCCACCUUCCUGACGCGCCAGCUGUCCGCUGAGCAGCUGCAGGACUACCGGCGCUUCGUGCAGACCAAGGCCUCGCUGCUCAUCCGGCAGAAGGACCUGGAGGAGAAGCAGAGGCUGGGAGAGGAGCAGCUGGAGGCCCUUUCCAACAGCCUCCAUCUUUGAGGGGAGGAGAGCUAAAAAGCAACAAUGGAUUCCUCAACUUAUCUUUACUUGCCUUUAAAAAAAAACAAACAAACACAUGUAGAGAGUUUUGGCUGUAUUUUUCUGGCUCAGUGUGCCACCUAGAGACACAGAACGUUGAUUAUAAGUGGUCCAGCUGGUAUCUCCCUGUCACGACUUGCUUUUUCGACAGGCCGUCAUGCCGUUCUCCUCUCCUCUCCUAACUAUAGGCUGUGUAUGAGGAGAGCAAUAAAGACUGUUGAGACUGACGCUCCUUGCCAUUCUGUCAUCUACAUAACAGGUUUGUUUUCAACGCAGGGUGCCCAGAACGCUCACCCAAUCUCCGCCCCAACGCCGUUCUUCAUCAGCACAAUCUGCAUCUAAAGACUUGUUAUACAUGUUUCCUUUGACGUUGAACAGAGGACCGAACUGUUUUGUUUUUUUUCUGUGUGCCUUGACUUUCGUGUUGCUGUGGAACCGUUAGAGCUGCUGUGUGGAAACUUUGCGUCCCCCUGCUAGCAAUUCAGCAACUGUCCUUCACUUUUCAUUAAGUUGGUAGUGCUACAGCCCCUGUAUCUGCACCUGUGGAAACCUAUUAUAAGCUUUAAGAUUGUAUUUUGACCAGCGAGAAGGCUGCGGAGAAAGCGAGUAGCCUGAGACAGGGUGGUGUACUGUAUCAUGUCGGUAAAAUGUACAAUAGAUGUAGUAGAUUUAAUCUUUUUUUUUUAAUGUUCUUAUUUUUAAAUGUGUUUCAAAUUAAGGCACUAAAAACCAAAAAAGGUGAAUGAAAAAAAGCACUUUGUAAUGAUACGUAAAUGCACAUUUCUUCAAAUCAGAUUUGUUUUCAAAAUCAUUUUUCAAUUUCAAGUGAAAGCCUUACUCCAUCCAGUUAAACCAUAUUUCUAUUUCACUUCUCUUUUGUCUGUUUUUGUCAGUGAUUUUGAAUAGGAAUGCUGAAAUAAUGCUUUUUAAAAAGGUACAUGAGCACACCCAGGAAACAUUAAGGAUUGUGUACAGAUAACUUUUCCAGCUAAUUUCAUACUUUAUGUUAUUAAAUCUUGAUUUCAUGCUGCAGUUCCUCAUGCGGAGAUGCUAAACCUCUUAAAACCAGAUUAUAAGUAACAAUUAUAUCGCUGAGUAUUUUUUCCCCCAAUGUCCCUUUGUCGCAGAAGUGACACGUGAUACUUGAAAUAUGUUUUUUUUUUUUUUUUUUUUUUUUAAGAGGAAAGUCCACAAACUUCACAUCAGGUGUCUUAAACUAAUUUUAUAUUCUCUACCUCCACACGUAGCCCCUAUUAGACACAUGUAGCCUUCAAGUUUAUUGAAACAUACACAGUAAUCUUUCUUCUUGAUAGCCCCUAAUCACAUGUAAUGAAAACACACUCUUUAAUUAAACUUUCACCCCAAUUUUUAACGGAUCUCAUACUUUAAAAACUGCAUCUUUGUAUCUACAUUUAUAUCUGUCGUUAGUUUUUAUAGCUGUAUUAAUUUCAAAUCAUUUUUCCUUUUUACUGAAUCUUCAACCAGACACAUCGGAGAGUUGUUCAAGAGCGAUGUGAGCUGUUGCUCUACAUCAGAAUAUGCGCUGUGUGUGUGUGUACGCUCGAGAUCAUGAAUGUCUUAAUUUUGUAUGUGUGUUUGUGUGUGUAGAGAUUAGUUGUUGAACAAAAAGGCAGAACUCCUCUCUGUGUUUAAUGUGUUUCGUUUUCAACAUAACUCCUAUGAAGUCAUGAAAUGAUCAAGAUGUUAUCGUCCCUCAGGAAAUAACCUGUUGGCUGUACUGAAAAAAACUGAUCCAUAUGUAUGGGUUGACUGUUUUGUAUAUGAUAUUUAUGUAAUAAUGAUCACAAAGAGGAAGAGCAUCAUUAACAGCCUAUACACCCAAAAAUAAUCAUUUAUUCACUAACUCAAAAUGUCAAAGAAGUGGACAAGUAAGCUACUAAAAACAGAUUUUUUUUCCCCAAGGAAAUAAAACACUUCCAUGCUGAAAGAUAUUUCCACUUUUUUUUUUUUUUUUUUGCUAAACAGUUAAACAUUUCUCCGGAGAUUUACGGCUCUGUCCGCCUCAGUUUGCUAAACAAAUGUAUGUUUGUUUUGGCCUUUGUGCUGACGCAGGGCUGAAGGGUUAGAAAGACUCUCAUGUUGUUCCCUGCAGCCUGCUGGAAUUCCUGAAGUAUGCAAAAGACCAACAUUUUAGAGAAAGAAAGAUGGGGGUAGAAAAAGAGGAAAAAGUGAGAAAAUCGUUCCCACAGAGGAGCAGCACAUGGAUAAAUUCCCACAUUAGGUUUUACUGUGUGUGUGUGUGUGUGUAUGUCUGUGUGUGCAUACAACAAACAUUUGACAACUUCCUAAAUCAUUUCUUGUUUCUGUCAUCAAUCAGUCAAAAUACUGUUUAGUUAUGGUUGCAGGAAAGGGGCCUGGUUGAAGUAGGAUUAUAUUUGUUUAGUUAAUACUGGAGGCGUGUGACAUUGACACUAACGGAAUCAGUUUUAAAGCCAAGAAGGAAGGACAUAUUUCAGUCCGAGCCGGUGCGAUGACAGCGGAGACAUUUCUAAGCCCACUUUCUUUUUUUUUCCUGCUAUAUUUCACGCCUGUCUUCUGUUGAGAGUUUGAGUUGUUUUUUUUGUGCCUGUUUGGAGUUGUAUAUUCCAUGAUGUUUGUAAUAUUGUGAAUAAAUUAAGCUCUCCCUCUC